UUAUUCGUAUAAGGAAAAGUAGAAAAAAUUUAACCCUUGCCCUUCACGAAUCCGUUCGAGUCGCCCGCCAAGGUGAAGCUUCGAUUUUUUUUCUCCAACACAACUCGUUUAUACCCUGUUGUGCGUUACUAUUGUAAAAAAUAAACUUUUGCAACCGCAAUACUUAAUAUGGCGUUCUCGAUUUCUUUCCACAAGUCUUCAGUCUUAAUGACCACUGUCAAAAUUCUCAAAAGAUCGUUAACCACAACUCGAGUGUUGRCAAAUAAACAGAUGACUGUUAGAGAUGCACUGAAUUCAGCAAUGGAUGAUGAAAUGGAACGCGAUGAAAGAGUUUUCAUUUUAGGUGAAGAAGUCGCAAUGUAUGAUGGUGCUUAUAAAGUUUCUAGGGGAUUAUACAAAAAAUAUGGUGAAAAACGAGUGAUUGAUACCCCCAUUACUGAAAUUGGAUUUGCUGGAAUUGCUGUUGGAUCAGCAAUGGCUGGCUUAAGACCAAUUUGUGAGUUCAUGACAUUCAACUUUUCAUUGCAAGCCAUUGAUCAUGUUAUUAAUUCUGCAGCAAAAACUUUUUAUAUGUCUGCUGGCCUGGUAAAUGUACCAAUUGUAUUUAGAGGACCAAAUGGAGCAGCAGCUGGUGUGGCUGCUCAACAUUCUCAAUGUUUUGGAGCUUGGUACAGUCAAUGUCCAGGUUUAAAAGUUAUUUCUCCAUACAAUUCUGAGGAUGCUAGAGGAUUGUUAAAGGCAGCAAUCCGAGAUCCAGAUCCAGUUGUGUUCUUAGAGAAUGAAUUAUUAUAUGGUAAUCAAUAUCCAAUCACAGAUGAAGUAUUAGACAAAGAUUUUGUACUACCUAUUGGAAAAGCAAAGAUUGAAAGAAAGGGUGACCAUAUUACAUUUGUGGCGCACUCCAAAGGAGUUGAAUUAGCUUUGGAUGCAGCAAAAGAAUUAUCUUCAGUUGGAAUUGAGGCAGAAGUUAUAAAUUUACGAUCGUUAAGACCACUCGAUAUUAAUACAAUUAUACAAUCAGUAGUUCGAACAAAUCAUAUUAUGUCUAUUGAACAAGGAUGGCCAUAUGCCGGUAUUGGAUCAGAGAUAUCUGCUCAAAUUAUGGAAAGUGAGGCUUUCUAUCACUUAGAUGCACCCGUUAUAAGAGUGACUGGUGCAGAUGUACCAAUGCCUUAUACCAAAUCGUUAGAAAUUGCUGCAUUGCCACAAGUAAUCAAUAUAGUCGAUGCUGCUAAAAAGUUAUUAGGUGUUUAAACCUUAUUUAAAUCUAUUACAUUAAUKUAACAAAUAAAAUUUGUUUAAAUAUUUAGGUGUAAUUUGGCCUAUUCAAAUUUAAUUGAAAUUAAAAUCGUAGGACCAAUAAAUAAAUUCCAUACAUGUUUAAUAUUAAAAUCUGUGUUAUUGUUUUCUUGUUAAAUUCAUUUGUUUAAAAAUAAAAUAUAAAAAAAAUAG